AUGAGAUCGUCGCUCACACUCGUCUUCUUAGUGGCCAUUGGUUACGCCACCGCCUACCAAAUACCACAUGAAAGUCCGAAUGAUUACGGUGGUGAUUGCUACGGUAGUGAUUGUGGUGGCGGUUAUGGAGAUGGUGGGUAUGGUGGUGGCGGAUAUGGUGGUGGUGGUGGUGGCGGCUAUGAGGGUGGCGGAAAUGGCGGUGGCGGUGGUGGUGGUGGUGGCUAUGAGGGUGGCGGAUAUGGUGGUGGUGGCGGUGGUGGUGGCUAUGAGGGUGGCGGCGGCUAUGGUGGUGGUUGCAAUGGUGACGAUUGUGGUGGUUACGGUGGUGGUGGUGGUGGUGGCGGCGGUGGCGGUGGCGGCUAUGGUGGUGGUUGCAAUGGUGGAGGCUGUGGAUAUGGCUUCGAUGAAGCUUUCCCUGCUCCCUAUGGUGGUGAUCAAGGCUACGGUGGCAACGGCCAUGGAAAGGGUGGUGGUAAAGACAGUGGCCAUGGAAAGGGUCAUGGCAGUGGCAAGGGUGGUAGCAAAGGUGGCAAAGGUGGCAAACCCAAUACUUACAAACCCAAUGCUUACAAACCCAAUGCUUACAAACCCAAUACUUACAAACCCAAUGCUUACAAACCAAACGCUUAUGCAAGCACUUACUGA